AUGGCCAUUGUCCCCGCAUCAUCUAAAGUGUGGAUCACCGGCUUACCAAAGCUUGAUCGGCAAGAACAUUAUGAUCAAGGCCCUUACGCCGUUAUCCUGGCUCCAACCAGAGAGUUGGCACAGCAGAUCGAAGAAGAAACUAACAAGUUCGGAGAAUUGCUAAAGAUCCGUACCGUUUCUGUUAUUGGAGGUGCUUCACGUGAGGACCAAGGAAUGAAACUGCGCAUGGGCGUAGAGGUUGUGAUUGCUACACCUGGACGUCUUCUCGACGUGCUGGAAAACCGAUAUCUUCUGCUAAAUCAGUGUUCAUAUGUAAUUCUUGAUGAGGCAGAUAGAAUGCUUGAUAUGGGUUUUGAACCUGAAGUGCAGAAGGUUUUGGGAUACUUACCAGUGUCUAAUCAAAAGCCUGAUACCGAUGACAUAGAACACGAAGAAGCUCUGAUGAAUAAUUUUGCAACGAGAGAAAAAUAUCGCCAGGUUCUCUCUUUUUUUCUCGUUUUAUUUUCUUUGCAAUUUGUAGCAUUAGUGUAA